AUGGAUCGCCAUCCUUUUUCGAUUGAAAACAUCCUGAAAGAUACACGAGGUGCAAGUCGCAUCCUGAAAAUAGCACCGACUUCAGAAGCGCUCGCAUUGGCUGAGAGAAUGGCAGGUAAUGACUAUGUUCCCUAGUAUUCAGUUCAAAUGAAAAGCCACUUAAAUUUGCAUUAAAAAGGGACACCCAACGAACGAAACUUUUCAGAACUACAGUCUAAAAUGGAUUUUUCUAUACUUUAGAUGUCUGUUUCGAGAGCUGCCCUAUACUAUCUAUCUGUUCGAAAGUUUUAGCUAUCCCGACGGGUCUUGAGGAAAAUGCGAGGACACAGAGUAACCCUACUAUCAUUAGAAAAUUUUAGGGGAGGAUUUUUCUUUAUGCAGAAAUUUUCAGGUGACUUUUUUACCAAUAAUCGCCAAAUCUUGUGAAUGAAAUGUGAAAAAUCCACUUUCCAACAGAAAAACUCCGAAUACUUACGAUGAAUGGAACAAAUUUACGGUUUCCCAAAAUAUUUCAGCCUUUUUUAUGUUAUAGAAAUUUCUAGGCAAUAUUGCUCCUUUAAAAAGUCGUUGGAUGCCUCUGAUUAAGCUGAAAUCAGUACAAGUCACUUUACAUUACUAGAAAGCAACUGAACAGCAAAUAAGAAAAGUUUUGCUCACUUACUUCGAUUUAAACGGUUACACUUUGACGACGCCAUCUACAGAGUGAAAGCUAAAUACCAAUUGAAACGUCAGCAAUUGACUAGAUUGUUAGUUUUGUUGCAAGGCUGGGAGGAACACUUCUUAGCGGUGCCGUUUAAGAAUUCAAAAAAUUCUAAAUUCAGAAAGUUACAUAACUUUGUAAAUAUAAGAGCUUUUUCUGCGCGAAAGAUUCUGGCUAGCGUCUUUGCGAGUUUCAGACGUCGCAGUCCGAAGAGAUUUAGCGAGUAGAUCUUUGAAGUUCUUCAGCUAUACUAUCCGGGUAUAAGAAGUAAUUGAAACAAAAAAACACUUUUAAAUGACCAAAAGAAUUUCAGAUAAACACAUUGGAAUAAAAAAAGAAAAAUCAGAAUUAGUAUGUUAAUUGACCUGAGUAACAAUAAUCUUUUGCUGCAAAGGAAUCCUUUUUUGGUUACAAAACGUGACGAGCCAACUAAACAAGGAGAUUCCGCAUUGAAGGGUCUUAUCAUUAUUCUCUGUAUUAUCUAUCAAGUUACUUGGUAAAUUACCAGCUUAUAAGAGAGGAUGGAAUAUGUCCAAUAUGGAAUAUGUACAGCGCGGUAAACACCUGGAAUGGGAACUCUUUUCCAUUUUAAAAAUGCUGCCACUUCCGCAAGCUGCUCAGUCUGUCGUAGGAAAUUCCUUUGUUUUGAAUGCCAUCCAGUCAAGCGGCGUAGAAGCAAUGCACGGUCUCUACUGAUUAAAAAAGGAACAAACUGUGUAUCUGUGACAAAGAGUACUUCCUGAGUUGAUAAACAUAAGGGCGUAAGCGCUUAUUAUGUGAGCGGGUAUCUUGCGGUAAGUGUUAAUCUUCUAAAGUCUUACCGCAAGAAUAGAAAACCACAAACUUCCCUGGGAAUGAUUUCUAGGGGUUGACGAAGCAUAGUUGUUGCCACCUUUUAGUUGACUUAAACGCCUUUCGCUGCAUGUGCGAAACAGUUUGCGUCAUCCGCCUUAAAAAUGUUCGAACUCAGGUGAUUUAGUACGAAUAAUGUAACUUUGAAAUACGUCAACUUUGUAACUAGGUAAGGACAUGUUGAAUAAUAAAAGAAACUAAACUGUCCUGAGCUGAUCGAUGUCUAACUUCAAUUCUUCAUAGACUUAAUCAUAACGUAAGGAAAACUUCUUUUAGUUAACGUUUCAGGACUGACGUUUGGCAAGACUUCAGGCUGAAAACAGUGAAUAAGACUAAUGAUUUAUCAUUUUUUCAAUGAUUUCUAUUAACAAUACUCUGGCUAUAAAAAGCAUGACAUUUGUAAUGCAUCAAUUCAACCGACGGUGUAACAUUUUUUAUGCAAUUUGAUGGUGAAAGUUAUGGUUCUUGGUCUAAUUAAGUUCCACAGUAGGGUGUUGCCUUAGUCGUCGUCUCGAAGAGGACCAAAUAUUCUUACGUGCAUUUCUUUAGCGCUGAUCCCUAAAAAGUCCCAUUAAUCGUCAUCAGGAUUGUUCCUUUGUUGUGCAUAAUUGUAACUGUCAGUUUUGACAAACAUGUAAUGCCCUGUUUGCGUUUAUCUAGUGCACGUUGAUUCAAUAAGAGGAACCUUAAUCAGAUUUAUUGGCAUGAUAUGUCAGUCCAGAGGAGCCAAUUAACUACACUCCUGGACAAGCCCAGGUGCUACAGUUUACACAGCGACUAGAAGUUGAUAAAGUUUCCCAAAAUUAGUUGUUUAAUCUGUAUGUACAAAGUUGCUUCUCUCUCUAUUUUUAUCCCAUGCAUCGUCUGACAGCCAAGCAGGGCGUUUACAAAAGAAACAAAGGAUAGUGCUUUAAUUGGAGUAUCGUCUCGUCUCUGAAGGGAUACACUCUUAACGCUAAGGGUCUAUCCUUUGUCAAUUGCACACGCAUCAUCUAUAGUACUUAUCCAAGUUGUCUGUGACACUACGUCAUAACAUGGAAUAAGAGUGUAUAACUCAUUUAAAAAAAAAGAAAAAAGAACAUUCCACUUUAUGUCUAUUUUUCUCCUUCUUUUCUUGCGUCAAAGAUGAAAUUUUCGUCUUCAGGGACACCUCUUUUGAAGGCUUCUUUUAAAUAUUAAUAUUCUAUAAUCAAGAAUUAAUUAUUUAUUGUCUGGUAGUGGCCAUUAAAGACGAACCGGAAAUUAUAGCCAAACUUUAAUAAAAAGUAGGGAGUCAUGAGUCGUAGCUGUCACAUCAGAAACUUUUCCGACCUCGAGCAGGAGCCAAUUUACAAAAUUGAAUAAACAAUGGCGAAAAGUUCAUUUCUUAAGAACAAUGUACAAAGCACUCCUGUGAUUAAUCUGGUUCACUUGUACACAGAUAACAAAAAGUUAACACAUGUAGGGCCACUUACUAUUCUUAAAAGAAAGUUCUGUAACGCUUGAAUGAAAUUUUACCGCCAUUCUGUGUAUCUGUUGUAAUCGUUGGCCUAUAUACGAUUUUUCUGGUGUCAGUCAAACUUAACUUAGUUGAAAGUAGCACUGACUUUUCAGGUUACAAGUUAGAGAUACGGCCCCAUUCACUGACUAGUGACACAAAUAAAGCGAAGUAACAAAUCAGCUUCUUGUACUCAGUAUCAGUAUAUAACGGCCAUGAGCAUUUAAAAUGUGUGAAUAUCUUGGUGUUAGUUUUAAGAGAAACGUAUGAAUAAAAGAAAAGAUAAUUUAUAUUUUGACGAUCGAAAAUAAAGGGAAAAUAAAACUUUUAUUACAGAUAUCAUACUCAAAGUCAGUUGCAUGGAGGGAAGAAAGAUUCGUCGAACAAGGACUACAUUUAACCAGUUCCAGCUCGAAACCCUGGAAAGAACUUUUGCAAGGACCCACUAUCCUGAUUUAAUGCUACGAGAGCAGUUAGCAGCCUACACGAGUCUGCCAGAAUCACGAAUUCAGGUUAGUUUUUCGCCAGAACUAAUAAACAAAACUGAAGGCACCUUCCUUUCAGUGUCAGAACUGACCAGCCAACCCAUUCGCGUCGUAACGAGAAUUUCACUUUUAAUCAAAAUUGUCCGGGCAGAUCAGUCAACUCCUAAAUAACAUGCACGAAGGAAAUGGUUUUUCACUAAAAACGCUUGGAAAAGUCUAUUUUAUUUUCAAAAUGAAAGGUUCGGCCAUCGUAGCCGGCCAGUUCUGAUUAUGGAAAGCGCCCUUAGAUUAGUAGUUAAAAGUUACAUCGGCCGAAAAAAGAUUUGAAACCCCAUAUUUCAAAAAGUACUACUGACAGUAAAAAGUUGAUAUGAUUUAAAGGUGGAAUGCAAAUGAUUACAACUUCCUCUCACCGACAAACUUUUCAGUGCAACUCGGGUUGACCUUAAAAUAACUUAAGUUCAACAUUAAUCAUAAUUUGCGCAGUGUUGCGGCGGUGAGGCGAGGCUUUUUACGAAAAGUAAUAAGUGUUAACCCUUUAAACCCUCACAUCAAACUUCAAAUUCUCAUCAGUUAUCACUAUACGUUUUCAAUAGAAGUAGCGGGGAGAAUUUGUUGAAGUAUCAAUUAGAUUCAUCUAGUGUGAUCAUGUCCUUGAUUCUCAUGAUCACUCUGUUUUAUAAAGCGGUGAUAUUACCAGGAGAAAUUUGAUGCUGAUCACUCUUAGGGCUUAAAGGGUUAAAGAAAUAAUGUAAGGUUUCUCGUUCUCAGAUUGCAAAAUAAAAGAAUUACUAGUUUACCUUUCACUGAACAUCUUAUGUUAGUUAUGGUUAGAUACUGUUUACUAUUUGCAAACUUUAAAGGGGGGUUCUAUCUUAAGAGUUUUAACCUAAAAAUAACUUCAACAUGCUCAAUAGAAGAACCUAAGCAAAAACAAAGGGAUUUAGCGGAUUAAGCGCAAUUUACAAACGAGAUUAGAAUAUAAAGUUAUAACUCUUUAAAGGAUCUGUGAAAACGGCAGCUAAAGAGGGGUAACAAACGUCAAAUAAGUCCACGUGAAAUUACAUUUGCCAGUCAAUUGAGUACGAGUUGAGUUUCCACUGGAUUCAACUUUUGCCAAGUUCUUAAUACAUAGGUACCAUGAAAGUAAAUAAAAUUUCUUUUGUAGUACUUAAGUUAAAACAUCUGAAAAAUGGUUUUUAAAGGAUUUAGACCAGGGGCUAUAUUUAGAGUCUUCGUGGGAGACUUUUUUAAACAGCGUUGAAGUGGCAAGUGACUAAGGACUUUAAGAUGCCACGAGGGCGACGACAACGAAAUCGUUACAAAAGUGGUUGAGCAGGCAAAACAACAACUCUGCACGUGCAUCGCACUUUUAUUGUAAAUUUCUUUGCAGUCACUGUCCGACUACGACGGGAAAAUGCCAAAUCUCACGUUUUAUGGAGGACGUAAACAAGCGACGGCUAAAUUUUGUUUCUCUUUCUGAACUUGAAUAUAGUUCUUAGGAAUUCGGCUCAAAAAGAGUUCGCUUGCAUUUGACAAAGUAAAUGAGUUGGAGCAAUUGCGACAGCGACCUUUUCGUGGCCGUCACCGUUGUGGUAUCUUAAACUCCCUACUGAGAGUUCAGACGGCGCCGAUUAAGGCAGAUUACGAACCACAGGCUUAACACAACGCUUGACCAACAAAAAACUGAAAAUAACUUAUUGAACAAAGUAAGGGUGCAAAAAGCCUCGAAUAUUAAUAUAGCAGAAGCAACAUUGAGAAAAGGAGCGAAAGUUAAAUAGUUUACCAGUUAAUUCUUUAGCGACAGGGCUGAGUUGCUCAAAGCAUGGUUAGCUUUAACCAUUGGUUAAGCAGUAUCAAAACCAGUACGUUGUCAAGGUAUUAAACGCUGGUUAACACUAACCAUGCUUCGAGGAACUGGGCCCAAGGUGGUUUUUCUAGACCCUCUUUCCUUACGCAAAGUUUUUCGGUUCAAUAGUCACGCAAAUGCUCAUGCCUGAGUGAAAGUGUGUGUAAUAGACCUAUAUUCCACUAACUCAAUGUUGUAAGCAGUUCAAAUCUCCCAGGGUUAAGAUUCUUUGUGUAUUGUAUAGUAUUUGCAUUAUAAUGUGGCAUUCACAUUGAGUUAGCCGAGUAGGUCUAUUAACUGGAUUCUGCGUUGAAAUUACUUCAGGUUUGGUUCAAAAAUCGUCGUGCUAAGUAUCGCAAAGUGAAAGGAUCUAAGGAAACCGAAGACAGGGAGACAGAGGAGAGACAAGAAACAGGAAACAACGACAGUAACAAUGGCAGGGACACAGCUGAACCAGAAGAUCAGUCUUCUCUCCCGCCCAGCAAACGACAGAAGUGCGAAAGUGAUCGAACUCAAGAAGGUUACCCCACAAUUCCUGCGCGCCCAACACCAGUUAGUUCUGGAUACGUUGCACACACAUUCCCAAUUGACCCUCGAUUAUCCUCAGGUUAUGGAAGCCCAUAUAUGGCUAACUGGUCUGUGCUAUAUGACAGUCUUAACUAUCGUCCUACCCCAAUGACCAUACAGCAGCUGUACGCUGGCGUAGGGAUCAUUCACUGAUUUUGCCGGCCCAGAGGUUCAGGGCAAAUUAAUCGUCUGAAUAUGUGGAUAAAUG